AUGCGGUGCCCUGGGACGGACCUCGGGCCACGGGAGGCGCAUCUGGGAUUCGCGGUUGCAUGCACCGGUGGUCGGACGAAUGGCGACCGACGGACGGACCGCCGGCCGAAGGCGAAAUGGCAAGUGAUGUCAGUUACAGGUCAGCGGAACCACUGUGGGGACGGUAAAGCGAAGCGCAUAGUGCGUCUGAACGCAAGACCCAGGGGACACAGAGAGAGCGGGGUCCCUGGCAGAGCACGGCAUCCGUCGCGUAGGCUCGCACAGGACACCGAGCAAGUAGAACACGAGCACCGGAGGCGAGAAGGGUCUUUCGGCUUCGGCUUCGGCUUCAGUAGUGUUGUUGUUAGGGUUGAUUGUCUUGUCUUGUUCGUGGUGCCGGAGCGAGAGAGUGCGAGAGAGAGCGAGCGAGCGAGAGCGUGGAAUUGUGUGCUUUGA